AUGAAUGAUGAUCUGGCCACGAUGCAGCUUUCGGGACAACAGGCCAGCGUUGUCGUCGGCAUUGAGCGCGCCGGCGCGUCCCUGUCCAUGAUCGGCGUGCUGCUCAUCGUCGUCACCUUUGCCCUCUUCAAGCGGCUGCGGACGGUGCCCAACACGUUUAUCCUGUUCGCUUCGAUUGCCAACAUCGGCGCCAGCACGGCCAGCCUCAUCGGCUUGUCGGGCAUCGCCCAGGGCGGCAACAGUACGCUGUGCCGGGCGCAGGCGUUUUUGCUGGAAAUGUUUAUGCAGUCUGACCCCAUGUGGUCGUUUGCCAUGGCCUUCAACGUGUACCUGGUGUUCUUCCACUCGGCGAACCCGACCACGUUCCGUCGCCAUCUCUGGGUGUACUGCCUCGGGUGCUUUGGGCUGCCCAUGAUCCCGGCGAUUGUGUGUUUGUACGUGCAGAACGCGGACAAGGGUCCCGUGUACGGCGAUGCCACGCUGUGGUGCUGGAUCGGCGACAGCUGGAACGCGCUGCGCAUCUACUCGUACUACAUCCCCAUCUGGGUGUGCAUCUUCCUGUCGGCCGUGAUAUACGUCGCCGUCGGCUACCACGUCUUCCACCAGCGCAACCAGCUGCGCAACCUGACACUCAGCAACCAGGCCAAAGACCUGUCGAGCUCCGAGGUAAGAGACUCGGCAGACAAGAACCUCACAAAACAACCCGAGAUUUACGCGACGGUGAUGACCGAAGUGCAGAUCACGUCCGACGUCUGCGAGACGGCUCUGUCGAGCGAGCGCACCCCGCCGAUGACACCCCUCGCGUCGCCCAUGCAGUGCCCUUGGAGCGACGAACCGUUCCCGCAGACAAUCGACAACAGCACAAACAGCGCCUUUGUCCAUCUCCACGACCAGAUGCACCACCGCAUAGACGAAGAACGCAGCAUAGGCGGCAGCCAUACAGUCUCGCCGCCACCGGCUGCCUACUACAGAGGCAUCCACAGCGGGCCCAGUACUGCUGCGUACCAGGCCACGUCCACCACGGUCAUCACCUCGCCGGCGCCGCCCCACGGCUUCCAGCCCAUGGGGCAGUCGUCGCGAAACGCCCACGCGAGCUCGGCGUUUCGUCUGCAGCCGCAGCUCGUUUCGUCCCAGGGCCACCGCCCCUUUGGCCACCUCGCGCACUCGCACCACGUGCACCGCGGCCACCUCCAAAACCGGGGCAGCCGCGCUCGCACGUCGCAGCACAUCUCCGUGGCCCAGCGUGGUCGCCACGCCUGGCACCGGUUCACUGGAAAACUGCGCCACAUGGACCCCGUCAAGCUCGCCUACUUGCGCACCUCGUUUGUCUUUGCCAUUUCUGUUCUCGUCACCUGGACGCCCAGCUCAAUCAACCGGGUGUACACACUCGUGUACCCGGCCCGGAUCAGCUACGGCCUCAACAUUGCCAGCGCCGCCGUCUUGCCGCUGCAGGGCGUCUGGAACGCCGUCAUCUACUUUUCCACCAGCUGGAGCUUGCUGCGUGGCGAGGUCGGCCGGCGGUACGCACGGUCGCGCUGGAUGCGGCGGGUCGGCGGACGGGUCCACGGAGGGCUGGCGCGGCUGCGCGGCGGUGGCAGCAGUGGCGGCGGCGGAGACAGGGAGUUGGUGGGCAUGAGCAGCGGUCGUAUUCCAGGGAUAUUGAUAGCCGAUUCUGGCGAGGAUGGUGUAGGCGGCGGUGGCGGCGCGUCUAUGGGCACGGCGUUGUCGCCCUCGCGAAGCCGUAGCUAUAGCCAGAGCCAUCUGGGCUCGUCGUCGCGCAGUGGGACAGCCGACGCGAGCUCGGGUGUUGGCCCUGGGGCGAGCGCCGUCCACGGCCACCGCCACAGCUAUGAUGAGAACGACACGGAGAGUGACGGUCUGGACGGCCUCGACGGCUUCAACGAGCACUCCACCGUUGGCAGCAGCAGCCCUGGUCUGCGCGCCGCUGGUAACCGGAGGCUACGACCGGCUGCGAGUAUGGACCUCGGACCGCCACCCGGCCAGCGCAUUCCACGGAGUCCACCACGGCUGGGUACGUUGCGUGUCCAGCGCGGCGGCCAGCUGGACACGUGA